AUGGAGAAAGUUUUAAGACCACAACGUUUUGACACCAAUCCUAACGCUCAAGACGCUGCUAGAUCGUGGUUGCACUGGUUUGCUACUUUCCAAAAUUUUGUAGCUGCUAUACCUAACGAAGAAGUGAACAAAUUAAAGGUUCUAGUCAAUUAUGUUUCUGCCGACGUUUAUCAACUUUUCUGUGAAGCGACAACCUACGAGGAAGCUAUAGAAUUGUUAAAAAAUCUCUAUGUUAAGGUUCCUAAUGAGAUAUUUUCGCGACAGAAGUUAGCUACUCGUAAACAACAAUCUGGUGAGAGCCAGGAUGAGUAUUUGCAAGAAUUAAAAUCGCUAAGCAAAGAUUGUAAUUUUCGGAGCGUGACAUCAAACCAAUAUCGAGACGAAGCUGUACGAGACGCGUUUAUAGCAGGUCUUCUUUCAACUAACAUCCGCCAACGUCUUCUUGAGAAUAAAACAUUAGACCUUCAGACAGCUUUUGAUCAAGCCCGAGCCUUAGAUACAGCACAGAGAACUUCUGAAACUUAUGCAGACGGAAUUCCAAUAACAGCUGCUGCUCUAUCAAACAAGGACGGGAAUAAUUCGUUUACUAAUCAACGGGCAUUCGAAAACCAAGAUAAAACUGAUACAUCAAGAGAACAACGGCAUAGAAAGAAAGGACAUUUCCAAAGAGUAUGUAAAUCGGUCGCUCCUCAGGCUUCGUAUAUAGCAUUAGCAUCAACUAAACAUACAGUAGCAAAGUCACUAAAGAAAGCCUGUAUUGAUGUCUUGAUUAAUGGAAAAUCUUGCGAAGCUCUAAUUGAUUCGGGAAGUACACAUAAUUUUAUACAUCCUAAAGUUGCAAGUAAUCUGGGAUUGAACGUUUAUACAACUCAAGAGAAAGUAACAAUGGCUGCAUCCUCGUUUUCUUCUAAAAUUCAAGGCUAUUGUCUUGCAGAUAUUAUACUUAAAGAGCGAGAGUAUGCGAAAGUAAAACUGGCCACCGCCGUUGUUUCAAUUUUGUCUGAAGAUUGUAGACCGGUAGCUGCAAAAUCACGAAGAUACAGUGCCGAAGACAGAGCGUUCAUCGCAACAGAAGUGUCGAAAUUGCUUGAAGAAGGGAUUAUUGAAGAAAGUGACUCUCCUGGAGAGCCCAAGUCGUUGUAA